CCUAGUUUUCUCUACUCUCUUUCAAUUCUACAGUUUCUUUUGUCCACAAACAGUUAACUUUCUCCUUCUUCAAGAUUCUCUGCUUCGAUCUCUCCCACUUUCUUCAUCUUUGCUUUUCACAAGCCAAGAAUCAAUCUAUUUCUCUAUCUCAAAACUGUACCUUUCCUUUCUCCAUCAGAGAUUCCCCUCCUUUCUUUUCUUUCUCAAAAUAAUUAGCUUUUUAUCAUCAAUGAUGCCAUUGUUCUUCCGCUCAUCUCUCUCUCUCUCUCUCUCUCUUCCUCUCCUACCGUUCUUUUCUUUCCCCCCUUCUUUCUCACAGGACCAUUUCAGUGUUAUCGCCAUCUUACUUCUUUUUUGGUUUCAGCAUUCGUCUUUUUCCACCUUCUUGAACUCCCGGUGGCAAAUCUAUACAUACGGCCCGGAACCCACCAAUCAUGUCUUCUUCCGUGAACGUCAGCCACCUCUCUCAGCCUUGUAUAUAUGGGCACUUUGUUUCUUCGCACGCAGAAAGAAAGUCCCGGUUUAUGAAAUGGUUGAGUAAGCUUUUCAAAGGUGGGUCAAGUCGUGGGUCGAUUGGUGAUGGAAAUCCUCCUCAGUUUAUUGGAGAUGAAAGUAUGGUAUUGCGCGCUCCAGUUAGAUCUUUGGACAAUCGCCCAAGGACURAUAAGGAGAAGGAAGAAUUAGAUCGAGCAAUUGCACUUUCUUUGGCCGAAGGUUUGAAGAAUCCAAAUGGAUAUCAGUGGCAGCCAGACAAUGAUGAAGAUCUUGCAAAAUCACGUCAAAACGACCUUCAUCCGUCAUACCCUCCAUAUGUACCUAGUGAAUGUCAUCCCAUGGGAUAUAGAGUAUGUGGUGGCUGCAACCGCGACAUUGGUUACAGCAAUUACUUGGGAUGCAUGGGGACCUUUUUUCAUCCAGAGUGCUUCUGUUGUCGUGCUUGUGGUUACCCAAUCACCGAACACGAGUUCUCUUUAUCAGGGAAAGAUGCAUACCAUAAGUCCUGUUUCAAAGAGUUGACUCAUCCCAAAUGUGAAGUCUGCUUUCAAUUUAUUCCCACGAACGAAACUGGGUUGAUUGAGUAUCGAUGCCACCCAUUUUGGUCCCAGAAAUAUUGUCCUGCACACGAGAAUGAUAAUACAGCUCGAUGCUGUAGUUGUGAACGAUUGGAGUCCGUGAAUGUUCGAUACAUCUCUUUGGGAGAUGGGCGGAGUUUAUGCCUGGAGUGUAUGGAAUCUGCGAUAAUGGAUACAGGCGACUGCCAACCGCUUUACCAUGCCAUUAGAGACUACUACGAAGGAAUGAACAUGAGACUUGAUCAACAAAUUCCGAUGCUUCUUGUUGAAAGACACGCCCUCAAUGAGGCUAUCGUUGGGGAGAAAAAGGGCUUCCAUCAUUUGCCUGAAACAAGGGGUUUAUGUCUUUCUGAGGAGCAGACUGUUGCAAGUAUACUAAGAAGGCCGAAAAUUGGUGGGCAUCGGUUGGUAGGAUUGAGAACUCAACAUCAGAAGCUGUCUCGCAGAUGUGAAGUUACCGCCAUUCUUGUUUUGUAUGGUCUUCCAAGAUUACUAACUGGAGCCAUUCUUGCUCACGAAUUGAUGCAUGGCUGGUUACGUCUUAAAGGUUACAGGAACCUGAAUCCUGAGGUAGAAGAAGGUAUCUGUCAAGUGCUUUCAUACAUGUGGCUUGAAUCAGAGAUCAUGCCUGGAUUAAAAAACAUGCCAUCAACAUCAUCAUCAUCAGCAUCAUCAAAGAAAGGUGGGAUUUCAAGAAUGGAGAACAGAUUAGGUGAAUUUUUCAUGCAUCAGAUAACUCAUGAUGCUUCACCAGCAUAUGGAGGAGGAUUUCGAGCUGCAAAUGCAGCUGUGAAUACAUACGGCUUACGUCGAACACUGGAUCACAUUCGAUUCACAGGAAGCUUUCCUCUGUAAGUUAUGGUUAUUAUUAUAGAUUGUAUAAUUCAUCUGCUUUGCAUGAGUAGCUCUUGAGGAUCAAAAUGAUCAAAUGACACCAAGUUUUUAUGGGGUCAUUUUGGAGAUAAAUGUGCAAGAAAAAGGCGGAGUUGUUGUCCAGUACUUUUCAAUAAACCUCAAAAAGAGAUUUAUUUGUGUCAUAUUUAUAUGGG